CUCUCGGACACUUCUAUCGCGAGAUUUUGAACCGUCAUCAUGGCGGUGCUCCUUGAAACGACGCUAGGCGAUAUCGUUAUUGAUCUGUUUACAGAAGAAAGACCAAAAACUUGUCUAAACUUUCUAAAACUGUGCAAGAUAAAAUACUACAACUACUGCCUCAUCCACAAUGUUCAGAGGGAUUUCAUUGUGCAGACAGGAGAUCCGACUGGAACUGGUCGUGGAGGAGAAUCUGUUUACAGUAAGCUUUAUGGAGACCAGGCCCGUUUUUUUGAUGGAGAGAAGACACCACGCAUCAAACACAGGAAAAAGGGGACGGUUUCCAUGGUGAACAAUGGAAAUGACCAGCAUGGUUCUCAGUUCCUCAUCACAGCUGGUGAGAACCUGGACUAUCUGGAUGGAGUUCAUACGGUGUUUGGAGAAGUUACGGAAGGCAUGGACGUCUUGACUAAAAUCAACCAGACCUUUGUUGACAAGGAUUUCAUCCCAUUUCAGGAUAUCAGAAUAAACCACACGGUGGUCCUGGACGAUCCGUUUGAUGACCCUCCUGAUCUGCCGGUGCCCGAUCGGUCACCUGAGCCAACCAAGGAGCAGCUAGAUAGCGGCCGUAUCGGAGCAGAUGAAGAAAUCGAUGAUACAGAAGGGAAAGGGGCUGAGGAGCUGGAGGAGAGGCUGAAAGAGAAAGAAGCCAAGACUCAGGCCAUCCUGCUGGAGAUGGUAGGCGACCUCCCCGAUGCAGAAGUGAAGCCUCCAGAGGACGUCCUGUUUGUGUGCAAACUGAACCCAGUAACCACAGACGAGGACCUGGAAAUCAUCUUCUCUCGCUUUGGAACCAUAAAAAGCUGCGAGAUCAUCAGAGACUGGAAAACCGGAGAUUCCCUCUGCUACGCUUUCAUUGAGUUUGAAAAGCAAGAAGACUGUGAGAAGGCUUACUUCAAGAUGGACAACGUCCUCAUCGACGACCGCCGUAUUCACGUAGACUUCAGCCAGUCGGUGGCUAAGAUCAAGUGGAAGGGGAAAGGGGGGAAGUACACAAAGGAGGACUUCAGAGCCUACGAGAAAGAUCUGGAGAACCGGUCCAAACUGGCUCUGAAGGAUCAAGUCAAGCCCAAACAAGACUCCAAGUACGAGCUGCUGAUAGAGGAGGAUGAGGAGGCAACUAGCCAUCGGCACUCUGAGAAGAAACAUAAAGAGAAGAAGCACCGUCAUCACUCAGACGAAGAGGACAGCAAAAAGUCCAGAAAGCACCGGGACAGCGAGGAGAGCAGACGGGACAGGAAGACGGCCCGCCAGCGUUCCCGCUCCAGAGACCGGGACUACAAACACUCCAAGUCCCGGGUCAGACAUGGGAAGGACCACCGGGACAGGAGUCGCUCCCCGAGGAGGUCCAAGGAUCAGGAGAGGAGCCGGUACAGAUGAAGGACGCUGAGCUGGGAUCAGUGAGACGGGAUGGUUAAAAAACGGCCGUCGGAUCUAAGACACAAUCGCGUUUCUAUCUUUUGUAUGUAGAUGAAUGAUGAUGAUGAUGAUGAUGUGGAAGUUUGAUGAUUUAAAUAUCAGCACAGCUUU